UGGAAAACUCAAAAUCGACUUAUAUUACAAUAACUAAAAGUCAAAGAUUCGAAUUUUUUCUUGGGAUUAUAAAUCGUAUGCUUAUAGGGUUUGUAACAAUUUAUAUAACUUGUUUGUGUCUUCAAAGGCUCAAAUAUGGAGACGUUCCAUGGCAUGCGUUGUUGUGUACCAUAGGAUUUAACUUUCUAAUGGCGGAGGGAAUUUUGACCUACUACAAAGGCAACUCGGUAACGCACACCUGGUUUCGUCAAGAAAAGGUUAUACUUCACAUCACACUACAAUUGUUGGGAUCAAUUCUUGGGAUAGCCGGAAUUAUUAUUCGCAUGAAUUUUGAUAAAGUUCACUUCACAACGCUACAUGGAAAACUUGGGUUUGCAGCAUUUCUUCUGUGUUUGGUGAAUUUAAUUUUAGGCUUAAGUGCUAUUUUUUCGGCCAAAUUAAAGAAUUACAUUUAUCCACUUUUCAAUAAAUCCAUUCAUGGGAUUUUGGGACUAUUGAGCUACACAACAGCUAUAGUUAGCCUAAUUUAUGGAUUGAAUACAUACGUUUUUGGAAGGAUUUCACCACCAUUGGAAAUUAAUCAUUCAUCAGCUAAUAAUGUUGUUUUUAUUCUUAAAAUUGCAACUGUGGCUAGUUUAAUGAUGACAAUAUAUGGGCCCUUUAUAACACGAGACCGAUCAAAAACUGUUAUACUCUCGCAACAGCAGCAAAAAAAACUAUACCCACAUAAAAUUUGUAUGCUAAAAGCAGAAGCAGCACUAGCGACAUCAGAGCGCCGAAACAGUUGCGUCGAAUUGUAG